AUGACCUUCGAAGGUUUCUGGGGGCAGCUCACCACAGGAUUCAAGUAUCUGGCGGUCUCCACGCUGGCCUUCGCAGUGGUGGGCAUCUUCACGCAGCUGUUCACCUUCGCCUUCGCCAACAUCGUCUACUACUCCUUCAAUAAGUUUCAAAUCUGGAGGCUACUCACCUCCUUCCUGGUCGACGCCAGCAUCCUCAACGUCCUCUUCAACGCCUACAUCCUCUCCACCCUCCUACCCGAACUUCUCGACUACAUCUUCGAAUCCAGGCAGGACAUCCGCUUCGACAUCUACGACGAUGACGGCAAGGCCGAUCAGGACGACUACAUCGGCACCGCAAUACAGCGACCCACCUUCGUGGACUACUUGCGGGGAGGGCUGCAGCUGAACAUGAUGGUGGCCAUCGACUUCACCGGCUCCAACGGUCACCCCAAGGCACCCACUUCCCUCCACUAUAUGAAUCCCAAUGCUCCCAACCAGUAUCAGAUGGCCAUCCAUUCUAUCGCCCAGAUCCUCAUGAACUACGACAGCGACAAGCGCAUCCCUGCCUUCGGCUUUGGCGCAACCACUAACUUCAACGGCAUCAAGCUGCCAAAGGCUCUGGCCAACGUGGAGCUUUCUGGUCCCACCUACUUCGGCCAGCUUAUCGAGGAGAGCUGCAAACUGGCAGCCAACUUCAAGGCGGAGGGAAGUAACACCUACACGACACUGCUGAUAAUCACUGACGGUGAGAUUCACGAUAUGGACAGGACGGUAGACCUGAUCGUGGGGGCCUCCCUGCUGCCGCUCUCCAUCAUCAUCGUGGGCGUGGGCAACGCCAAUUUCGACAAUAUGAACCGGCUCGACGGCGAUAACGGCCUCUACAGCAGCAAGGGCGUCGCCGCCUCUAGGGACAUCGUUCAGUUCGUCCCAUUCAGAGACGUGCAAAUGAGCGGAGACCUGCUCGCCAAGGAACUUCUAGCUUAG